GGGAAGGAGAGAGACGGACUUGUUCCCGCAUCCCACCCUGGGCCCUCAGCUCCCUGCCCCAGUCCCCCACCCCACCCCAGGGUGCAUACUCCUGGGGGAUGGUGGAUUCUGGGGCCUGUCAGAGAAGAGUACGCUGCCUCCGUCCCAGGCCUGCCCUUCCAAGCUUCCGUCUUUUCUGUCCCCUCCCCACCAAUCCUUCUGAACCCCAUUUGUGCUGGGCCCGGAAGAGACAACCAUGGGAUUUGGUCCCUGAACUUACGGAUCUCACAGACAAGUAUCUAGAAAAUGACCCUCCAGGGUGACUGUGGAGGUAGCUCAGGGUGCUUUGGGGGCCAGAAUAAAUGUGGGAUCACAGAAGAGACCACACGGGCCCUUCCCUGAAGGAAUCCACAGACUGAUCUAGGUAAGACUGAGCUGUGGGCCCAGCAUAGUAAGUGAAGAGUUACUGGACGAGAUGAGAAACGGUGUUCCAGGCAGAGGUAUAUAGCUUGCAUGAAGACCUGGAGGCAGAAAAGUACUGGGUAGCUUGGUGGCUGUGGAUGGUCAGACGAUUACGUUAACACUUAACAUUUACUGAGUACCUAUUCUGUGCCAGACGUUUUGUUUAGUGCUUUGUGUGCAUCGUCUUAUUUAAUCUUCACAACAUCCCUGUGAGGGGGAAGGCCUGACAAUCACCAUUUUACAGAUGAGGAUUUCAGAGCAAGUUGUGAAGCAACUUAUCCCCUGUCCCUUGCCUGGAGAAAUAGGGACAUCACACCCAUGACACCUGGCACACGGCCUCCCAGGUGCUGAGUGGGAGGGUGGUCAGGGUUUCCUCCCAAAAGCUGGAAGGCCUCGGCCAACACCUCCACCUCCCGUGCAGGCAGAGUUGCCCCAUGAGCUCGGCAGGGCCUGCCGUCCUCCCAGAGAGCCUCACUGUCUGCACCUGAGAGGAUCCCAACCUGCCACCCCUGCUUUUCAGAUGUAGGUCAGGGCAGAAGCUGUGAUUGCAGUUCCUUGCAAAUGCCCAGCAGAGGGGCACUGAGGGCAGAAGAGCAUCCUGUCAAGCCGGGGUUUCUCCCUCACCCAGCUGCCAGAAUGUGGCCGCUGUCACAUGCAGCUCCGAGAAGAAGGUUCAAUAUUAAGAAGGGACCCUCAGUCCCAAAGAGAGAGACACGAGGUUGUAAAUUGCAGUGUUGUCUGUAACAGGGCAAAACUGAAUGCGGCCCAAAGGGCUGUCAGUGGAUGGGAUAAGGGAAGGCUGGUGCACCCACACAAUGGAAUCCUAUGCAGCUGCGUAACAGAGUGAGGAGUCAGGUUCAGACACUGAGGAAGGCGCGACUGGAGGAGAAGCAGAGAUGGACUUCCUGCGGAAUUUCUUCACCCAGACACUGGGCCUGGGCACCAAGAAGGAGCGACUGCUGGACGAGCUCACCCUGGAAGGGGUGACCCGCUACAUGCAGAGCGAGCACUGUCGCAAGGUCAUCUGUUUGGUAGGAGCUGGAAUCUCCACGUCCGCUGGCAUCCCCGACUUCCGCUCGCCAUCCACGGGCCUCUACGCCAACCUGGAGAAGUACCAUCUGCCCUACCCGGAGGCCAUCUUUGAGAUUGGCUACUUCAAGAAACACCCAGAGCCCUUCUUCGCCCUCGCCAAAGAGCUCUAUCCUGGGCAAUUUAAGCCAACCAUCUGUCACUACUUCAUCCGCCUGUUGAAGGAGAAGGGGCUGUUGCUGCGUUGCUACACACAGAACAUAGACACACUGGAGCGGGUGGCAGGACUGGAGCCUGAGGACCUGGUGGAGGCCCAUGGCACCUUCUACACGUCUCACUGUGUCAGCCCUGCCUGCCGGCGGGAGUACCCACUCAGCUGGAUGAAAGAAAAGAUCUUCUCCCAGGUGACUCCCAAGUGUGAGAAAUGUCAGAGCCUCGUGAAGCCCGACGUUGUGUUCUUCGGCGAGAACCUCCCUGCGCGUUUCUUCUCCUGCAUGCAGUCAGACUUCCUGAAGGUGGACCUCCUCAUCAUCAUGGGCACCUCCCUGCAGGUGCAGCCUUUUGCGUCCCUCAUCAGCAAGGCACCUCUCUCCACCCCGCGCCUACUCAUCAACAAGGAGAAGACGGGCCAGACCGACCCCUUCCUGGGAAUGAUGAUGGGCCUUGGAGGAGGCAUGGACUUCGAUUCCAAGAAGGCCUACAGGGACGUGGCCUGGCUGGGCGACUGUGACCAGGGCUGCCUGGCCCUCGCCGACCUCCUGGGAUGGAAGACGGAGCUGGAGGACCUUGUCCGGAAGGAGCACGCCAUCAUAGAUGCUCAGUCAGCAUCAGGGGCCCCCAACCCCACCACCUCAGCUUCCCCCAGGAAGUCUCCACCACCCACCAAGGAGGAGGCCCGAACCACCGACGGGGAGAAACUGCAGUGA